CCCGGGCGGAGGAGCCGGAGACCUUCGCUGCCGCUCUAGCACCCGCGGCCAUGGAGAGCUCCUUGGAGAAGAUGGUUGACCCCACCUUAGCAGAAAUGGGAAAGAAUCUCAACGAGGCCAUGAAGCUGCUUGAAGACAAUCAGAGGAAAGUUGAAGAAGAAAAUGAGAAGAACUACACAAGAAAGGAUAUUCCUGGGCCACUUCAAGGCAGUGGACAGGACAUGGUGAGCAUUCUGCAGCUGGUUCAGACAUUAAUGCACGGAGACGAAGAGGAAGAGUCACUACAAUCUUAUCGACUACAGAAUGUUGGGGAACAGGGACACAUGGCUCUCUUAGGCCACAGCUUGGCAGCUUAUAUUUCCGUCCUGGACAGAGACAGGCUGAGAAAACUGACUACCAAAAUCCUUUCGGACACAACUCUGUGGCUGUGCCGGCUCUUCAGGUUUGAAAAUGGGUCAGCCUAUUACCAUGAAGAUGAUCGCGAAGGGCUUUUGAAAGUCUGCAAGUUGGUGAUUCACUCCCGCUAUGAAGAUUACGCCACUGAAGGCUUUAAUGCCUUAUAUAACAAGCAGCCAAUGGUGUACAUCAGUGCUGCAGCAAGAACCGGCUUGGGACAAUUCCUCUGUAGUCAGCUCGGCUUACCUCUUUCCUGCAUGUGCCGAGUGCCGUGUAACACAAUGUUUGGCUCCCAGCAUCAAAUGGACGUUGCUUUGCUGGACAGACUAAUCAAGGAGGACCUUGAAUCUGGAAAGCUGCCUAUAUUACUGGUGGCCAAUGCUGGCACACCGGGGGCCGGGCACACGGACAAACUGGGUCGACUGAGGGAGCUCUGCGAGCAGCACGGCAUGUGGCUGCACGUCGAAGGGGUGAAUCUAGCGACUCUGGCUUUGGGUUACGUCUCAUCUUCCAUCAUGGCCGCAACUAAAUGCGACAGCCUGACAUUGACACUCGGACCCUGGCUGGGCCUUCCAGCAGUGCCUGCAGUGACUCUGUAUAGACAAGAGGACCCUUCUUUGUCGCUAGCAGCAGGCCUGACCUCCAGCCAGGUGGCGGAGAAGCUACGUGCUCUGUCCCUUUGGCUCUCCCUGCAGUACCUGGGCCACGAUGGAAUCGUGCAAAAAAUUAAACACGCCUCCCAGCUGAGUCAACGGCUACUGGAGAAUCUGAAGAACCAAGAUUUUAUUCGGACCUCAGUUGAAGAUGAAUUUAGCUCUCCUGUGGUGGUCUUCAAGUUUUCCCCAGAAAAGUCGCAUAUAGAUCAGAUGCUAUACGCUGCGCAACCAUCUGCGGUCACUGGGAAUGAGAGAGACGUUUGCGAUACCUUUAAUCAGUGGCUUGGAGAACAGUUGGCACAGUUGGUCCCUGCCAGCGGGGUGGACCUGGUUGAUCUGGAGGACGAAGGCACCUGCGUGCGUUUCAGCCCUUUGAUGACUUCUGCAGUUUUAGGAACCGAGGUUCAAGACGUGGAUCAGCUGAUGGACUGCUUAAAAAUGAAGGUCCCAGUUCUCAACUGCACUUUACAGCUGAGAGAGGAAUUCGAACAGGAAGUGAAAAGAACCGUCGGCUUGUCCUAUGUGGAAGAUUUUACCUGGCCCGGCCUCGGGGUGGUCAGGUAUAAGGGCCAAAACGAAGAGACACCGGAGAAAGACUCGGAGAAGAUUAACAGCGGUCUCCUGAAGAAGCUCAACGAACUGGAAUCAGACCUGUUAUUUUCUUCAGGGCCGGAAUUUGGAGCCGAGAAGAACUGCAUUUACAUCGGGAUGGUCACCGAGGAUCUCGAUGUCUCGGAACUGGUGGAAACGAUUGCAGCGUCCGGUCGGGAAAUUGAAGAAAAUUCAAGGCUUUUGGAAAACAUGACCGAGGUUGUGCGAAAAGGCAUCCUAGACGCCCAAGCUCAGCUGCAAAAAGCCAACGAGGAACGCCUCCUGGAAGAGGGUUUGCUUCGACAGAUUCCUGUGGUGGGUUCUGUCGUCAACUGGUUUUCUCCAUUUCACGCCUCACCGAAGGGACAAACCUUUAAUCUAACAGCAGGGUCUUUGGAAUCCACAGAGACAACGUACCUAUCUAAAGCCCAGGGCACGGGGAUCACCCCGCCUCCCACUCCCACAUCAAGCCGUGGUAAACAGAAGUUCCCUGGUCAAAAACUCUUUAAACGGGCCGGCAGGAACUCGGAUGGGGUCAGCGAGACCAGCUCGGUGAGCCAAGCUACCGACUUGGACAGAGGAGAAUUCGCAGCUUCUCCCCUCAAGCAGGAGAACGGCGGCGUCGAGGCGUCAAGCGAAAGCACCCCUCCCCUCCCCCAGGAAACGACCAGCGUUUCCCCAGGCACCCAAUCUUGGGCUCCGGGAAACGACCGUCCGCUCUCUGAGGAGCAAGAGAACCUUAGAUAAAAACCAAGGCUGUGCAAUUAAAGACUUUGUACAUGGGUUCAAAAAAAAAAAGAGAAAAAAAACGAAAAAGAAAAGUGCACUUCGCUCCAGAAGAGAAACCGAAUUGACGCAUUUAAAAAUGUGAAACCAGGCCGGAAGUAAUCAGAACGAAUCGCUAUUCAUGUGUGAUGGGCUGGAGAUUUUUGCACAAAAAAUUGCUCUCUCUCUGUCUCUCCCUCUCUCCCUCCCUCCCUCUCCCUCUCCCUCCCUCUCUCUCGUUCUGUUUUUACUUGUCUGUUUGGUUCCGAUUCCUCUAGUUUAUCCUGCACACCCCUUUAGUGCCAAGGUUGGCUCUGGGGUGGCUUAGGAUCAUUUUUCCUUCUUUAGCAAGGAACGUGCAAGAAUUAGGAGCCGAACGGAGUCAUUCUCCCUCUUAAUUUAAUUUUAAUUAAAUUAAACGUUGCUUUGCACAGGCUUUCCUUGGUUUUUCUAAAUUGGAUUGUUCUCUGUGCUGGGAUGAAGCUAAUUUAGUUCCUGUUUGCUGAGCCCGCCAGCUGCUGGCUAUUUUUAUUUUAACAAGGGUUUGAAAUAUUUUUCAUCGUCUGGCUGCCUUUAUUACUGUUAACCUGACACUAUUUGGGGGGGGGGAGGCAUUAAGUUGCCUUCAGGUUCCCCAAAUCUUUGCCUCGACGAACUCACUGUCCUUUUCAACUCACUCGUCGGCGGACGAAAAAGGGAGAACGAGAUUUUGCGUUUUCACAGGGGCCUAAAGAAUUGGCUUAGAGGGAGAUUGGGAAAUAACACACGGAACAAAAUCCAGUUUGAAAGGUUUGCAUUGAAGGGACAUCUAGUUGCUCAGUGCUCCUUUUGGGCAGAUAGCAAGAUGUCAAGAGAAGUGGCGUGCUGGUGGGGGUUUCCCCGCCCCCUUGCUGUUCUUAGCUUUUCUCAUCGGUUGUUUGCAUUUGUUAAAUAUUGUAAAUAUUCAGAGAAAUUAGCUCAUUAUACAGUACUGCACUACGGGAAAGAAAUAUACCCACGCAUUGAGCUGCUUUGGUUUUUAAAGUCGAGAGUAGAUAUGAAGAGUUGAUUCCUCACCCCGGUGAUUUAAUUAUGCCUUCCCCCCCCCCCCCCCCUGCGACAUUUCGCUCUUUCUCUGUUAAACAGAGAAACUUGGUUUCCUAAGAGACUUGGCUGCACUUAAUCUCUCUUCCAUGAUUAUUACACCCCAUGUUCUGGUUUUGUUUCCACACACACACACAUAUAUACACACACACAUUUUUUUUUUUUUUGAGCAGUGUUUUUCCAUAGCACGGUUUCCCCCUAUCUGCUUGCUAUCUGGGCACAUCGGACCGGCUUCCACUCAGAAACCCAAGAAUUUGGGGAAAUGAAAUUCAGCAUCCCAAGACGGCAACAGUUGGGGAACGCCGUGGCAUUUCGUAAGCGUUCCAUUUAGAUUUCAUUAAUCAAUAAAGCUAGUGUAAGCGAGGGAGCUUUAUUGUCAGCAAUUGAAGAGGUCGAUUCUGUUCUAACACAGGUAAUAAAAAUUAAGGAAUGGUAUUCUCAAAAUCAUUUUAUUUUUUUGUGGUGGUGGUUAUAAUGUUGAGACUUUAAGGCAUCCUAAGCAGAAAAGAAUGCCACUCCCUUUACAAGAAAAAAGAAAAAGUCUAAAACUGUCCCCUGUGGUCAUAAUUGUAGAAAUUACUAAUUUGGAAAUGGGAGAUUUUUUUCUGCUUUAAAAUCCAAGCAUCCAGACACGAUUUACAUCCGUUAUGGAGAUCCUCACCAAAUUAGAUC